CAUGUUUUAUCCCCUGCUCUUCCUAACCGACACUCACUCUUGGAUACAGCAGCUGGACGACUGUCUCCAUCUGCUCUCAGUGGAUGCCUGUCUUUGGAAACUUUGGAAACUUUAGAAAAGUCGAGAAAAAGUGUGCGGAGUUGAGCCUGUGAUGCACUUUCACACAUCCGCGGCACAGAUGUUUCCAGUUUGACCUCCUCCACCGUCUCGCCUGGAUGCCCCACUCAGAAGAAGCCUGAGAAGAAGGUGAGGAUGGAGGCAGACAUGAUGGACAUACAUCCAGUAAUAUGAGUGAUAUGUACAGCACCAAAUCACUCUAAGCCGCUUUCCCCCAGUGCAGCUUUUUCGCCCCGCAGGAAACAGAAGAUGCUUAGGAAGAUGGUGACCAUGAGGAGGAUCCUCCAUGUGAAGGGUGAUGUGAUGUGCACGAUGCUGCUGCUGGUGCUAUUCUGCCUGCUGCUCUAUGCCCGCCAGGUCGUGCUCUCCUCUGGGUGGGACAGACCUGUGUGGAAGCUCGAAAUCCAUGGCUCCACCAGCUCCAGCAGGACCCUGCUGGGUGCCAGCAGGGCCAAAGUAGGCCAGGAGCCUCCAGGGCCGGUCCCAUCCAGCCCUUCAGAGCCACAGCUGCCUCCCUGCAAGCCCCAGUCCAAGUCCAAAUCUCCUCAGCCCAAGUCCAAACCUCAGGUCAAAUCUAAGGGGAAAUCCAAGUCGCGACGGAAAAAUGUCGUGCCGACUAAGACCGCUGCCAAGCCCCUGCCCACAAUGCCACCAUUUGACUUUGAGGGCUAUCUGAGAGAAAAGGACAACAGAGACUUCAAGCUGCUUAUAGACCAGCCCGAGAAAUGUCACAUCGGAGGAGCAGAGGAAGAAGGAGGAGGAGGAGGAAGUAAAGGGACUGCUGCUGCUCCCUACAUGCUCAUUGCAGUGAAAUCUGUCGCUGCAGACUUUGAUAAACGUCAGGUGGUGCGUCGGACAUGGGGUAAAGAGGGACUUUUCCGGAAUGGCGUGUCCAUCCGUACUGUUUUCCUGCUCGGGGUUCCCAGGAAUCGCACUGCUCUGCCUCUGUGGGAUCAGCUCCUGACCUACGAGAGUCAAACCUUUAGGGAUAUCCUGCUCUGGGACUUUGAAGACACCUUCUUCAACCUGACGCUGAAGGAAACACACUUUCUGAAAUGGGUUAACAGCACCUGUCCCGACGUCAAGUUCAUCUUCAAGGGUGACGCUGAUGUGUAUGUUAACGUGGAGAAUAUACUAGAGAUGCUGCAAGGUCAAAAGGCAGACGAGGAUCUGUUUGUGGGUGAUAUUAUUAUCAAUGCUAAACCCAUUCGCCGCCGCAGUUCCAAGUACUUUGUGCCAGAGUUUGUUUACGGUGUGGGUUUGUACCCCAAUUACGCUGGAGGAGGGGGGUUUGUCAUGUCAGGACAUACGGCUCGGAGGCUAAGCUCUGCCUGUCAACAGGUGGAGUUGUUCCCCAUCGAUGAUGUCUUUCUGGGAAUGUGCCUCCAGCUGAUCGGUGUCAAACCGUCACGCCACCAGGGCUUUCGGACCUUUGGAAUUCCCAGACCCUCUGCAGCGCCCCACCUGCAGACGUUUGACCCCUGUUUUUACAAGGAGCUCAUGGUUGUUCACAGCCUCAAUGUUCCUCAGAUCUGGCUCAUGUGGAACCUCCUGCACGACCCCAAGCUGAGCUGCCACAAUAGGACCAGCCCCACGUCCUGGCCCUUCAAGUGGAAGGGGAGGAUGGGAGAACCGGAGGGAGAAGAUACGGACUAUGGUGAGAAGCAGGUGUUCGUCACACAUUAGUGACUCUCUGCUGGGCCGAGUGGCAUCAGCGGGAGCUCUAGUGAGAACAAAAUGGUUAUGAAGCAGGAUUUGUGGCCAACUUGAAAGGCUUGUGAUGUGUUCAAGAGCACAGUUGAGUCAUAUGAGCCUUCAUCCAAGCUGGCAGAUCAUCUUUGGGGAAAUGAAUUGGCAAGGGCCGAUUGUGCUUCAGAUCUUUCACUAAGGAAACGAAGCAGAUUUAGGUUUGCAUGUGUCUUCUACAGAAUGUAAUGUGUUCUGAUUGUUUACACAGAGACCAGUGAGGUCCAAGAAAGAAGAUAUAACAAAAUGCGGUUAGCUGGUUUAACCCCAUGUACGCAUGUCUGAGACCACAGUAUUGAUAAUGUUCUGGCUUUCGUUGGACUGUGUGGACAGCCAGGGCUACUAAUGGCUGUGUGGACUGCGUGAGUGGAAAGACAGAAGAGACUUUAUGUGUUCUCAUAGUGAAUCACUUGCAGAGGUGUACCUCACUUCCUCAUGCUGGAUAGAAGCACAAAUGGAUGGUUGCAUUAUCUGUUCCCUGGAGGAACAACAGAUGAAGUCUAAAUGGAAACCAGCUGCACAGUGGGAACCAGCUGGGACCACUGCAUGCACACAGACACACAGACACACACACACACACAAAGGCAAAGGAAGAUCAAUUUAUUGGAACAGUACACUAUUAGACACACUGUUAUAGUUUUCAAUCUGACCUCGGCAUUGGUUCCUGAUGCAGCCCAAGCUCUCUAAGAAGACUAAGAAAAAACUCCCCAAAAUCCUGUGUCAGGAAAUUGGGAAGAAACCUCGGAAGAGACAAUUCAAAGAGAGAUCCCCUCCACACGGACAGCUUGAGGUUCAAAGGAGGAAAAAGCUUGAGUGUUGAUGGAGUUCAUCAUAACUCCAAUUGAUUGCCUUUAUUUUAUUUGUUGUUGUUAUUUGUCCAGGUUCCUCCCAGUGAUUACUGUGAGGGAGGGGAUCCAGCAGGGCACACAGCAGACAGAAGUCAGGUGAGCUCUAGAGUAUCACAGCGGGAUGAGAAGCAAAGUUAACAGGAUCCGGAGCAAAGAAUGGACACGGCAGAGAAAAUGGCGCACUAUAGAGCACAUCAUGAAUGCUGUUAUAAAUCUUCAAUGCACUUUUAUUAUUUGUGACACUGUUCCGACGGUGGAAUGAGGGCUGUCGGGUGGACCCUCCCUGAGCGUGGCCUCAGGUAGGUGGAGGGCUGAGGGUGAGCUGUAGCUGCUCCAGAGCGGCUCACGCCGUAGGGUUUCUGGCCAGACACAUAUACAGCAAAGACUUGACCUCUGAAAAACAAGAGAGAAAUCAGGAGAUCAAAGGUGUGAGUGGGCGGUUGCAGUGAUCCAAUAGUAAAGAAAUAUGAAUAAAAGCCUUUCUUUUCUGUGUGUGUGUGUGUGUGAAGGUAUCUUACCUGUAGACAGUGCACUGUUGACUGUGCCCUUUGAGUCCAGGGUGGUAAUGCGCUCAUGUCCUCUCAGCAAUGAAUAGAAGAGUGCUCCCAGCUGUCUCAGUGGUGGGUAUACCAGAUGGUGGGAAGUAUUCAGGCGCACACACACCAACAGAGGAAUGGAAGGAGAUGGAUGGAAAGAUAGAGAGAAAAGAAGGACAAAAAAAUUAGGUGAAGCUUUGUUUAACUUGAAAAUCAUUCUUAAAAGAUUAACAAAUGAGUGAGGAGCGGUAAAGACAUAUCAUUCUAUAGAGGGAAUCGUAGGCCAGCUCUAUUGAGAAGCUGCUACAGCCAAAGUCAAUUCUGUGCACGCAUGGUACACCGAACCGAACCAGGACAUUUUCUAACUGGAGACACCAUUGGAGUUCAUGUCCAUGGCUGCGUCCACCAGCUGUCUCAGGAUCAUCUGAAACAGAGAUUGUAUGGAAAAAAUAUAUUCUCCCGAUUCUCGACAGGGUGGAAAAGUCUCCGAAACAACAUAAUGACGAUGACAUAACAGUGUAAAAUAUGCCAAUAAUAUACCAAUAAAUGAGCUCCGUGUGAUUUCUGUUCAUGAUGUCAGAUUUUCUUGCAAAGGUCCAGUCGCACCAUCGUUUACAACAGAGAGGAUUGUGAAGGAAAAUCUCUUCAUGUCAAUGGAACAGAUGCAAUCAGUGGUGGUAAAGUAAACCCACACUCAUCUCUUGUAUGAAGUUCAACUUUUUUGAGCGACUGAGCUAACACGCUUUCCAACUGAUAUUCAGCAAGCUAGCUAGCUA